AUGCUGUACGUUGCGCACGCCUACGAGGCUUCGGCCGUCCUCCAGACCCUCGUGUUGCCCUCGUUCCUCCCCACGGGACCAUGCUUGGCUGUGGUCAAACACUCUACCAUUGAGUUUCUAUCCCUAACUAGUUCGAGUCAAAGCAGCUCCUCCACGGCGGGCCUUCUCGAGCCUCUGCACACCGUCACGCUUCAUGCGCGCAUUCUUGCUGCUCAGACUAUCGCAGAACCAUCCACAGGCGCACCAAAGCAGACGCUCCUCGUUCUCACCGAUCAUUAUCAGCCCAAACUCAUUCAUCUGGUACCUUCGACCAAUCCGAACAAUGGCGAGGUGGUUAUCGAGACUGCUGCCACGUUGGCGCUCGAUGAAGUAGCUCGCUCUCCUGCAGAAUCAGCUCUAGGUGUUUGGUCCGAGUCUUUCUCCUCGACCACGCCUCUCCUUGGUCAGAGGAUCGCCCUCUGUCACGUCUACAAGGGCGUUGCCAGGGUAGUGCCUCUCGCUGCUUCUGCCGGCACAUCAUCUUCGUCGCAAGCCCACGGCGAUGCAGAUGAGACCAUGCAAGAUGUCGCAAGCACGGAUGCUCCCCUUCCAACCGUCCACUUUUCGCAGUCGUUUGGCGUCCGACUGCCACAUCCCACUCUCCUGUCUUGUUCGGUGCUCAGCCCCAUCUCUCCGGCCUCCCUCCCCGCUGUCGCACUUCUCUCUCAGUCUAGCGUGCCGUCCCAGAUUCCCGGCUUCGGCGAGCAGUGCCUACCAGUGCUCUCAUUCCAUUCAGUUCAAGUCGCUAAUCAGGAUCUCUCGCCCUUGCCCUGGGGCCCACCUCGCAAACCUCCUCGCAAGGUCACCGAACAAGGCGACGCCGGCGACGACGAAGGGUUCGACGCUCAAUCCUCUUCUGCUGCUACUCAGGCCAGUCGAGCCAUCAGGCCCACCCAGAUGGGCGACAAAGCCUCGACUCGCAAAAAGCACGGUCCUGCAGCCAUGGGAGCUAAAGUGUCUGUCCAAGAUCUCCGCAAGAGGGAAGAGGAUUGGGCUAAGUCAGACCUCGCUCAAGCCCAUGUGCCCUUGCCUUUUGCCGAUGCUCUCGGUGCACACCUGAUUCAUGCCUUGCCUGCGUCGGUCGGUGGUGGCGUGCUCGUCUUUUCGGAAAACAGCAUCCUCUACGUACCCCCGCCCGUCAACCCUCCCGAGUCGACAAGCGGGAACCAAAACGCUCAAGCAGGAGUAUCCUCCACAGAUGCGUCCGACAUCAAAGGCAAGAGACGCAAAGCGAGCGAAGGUGCAGUCGUCGAGACUCGAAGGCCCUCUUCCGCUGCCUCUCAGUCACAGGCCGUGGCGACUGCAACCACCUCGGCCCCAUCUAACGAGAACGGCAAACGCAGGCGUUCGUCCGGCAACGGCUCCUCGUCUAGCGCAGCCUCGCCUUCUAAGCCGUCGGCUCCAUCCCCAUCCCGUCCCAGGCUUCUGCGCGUCGGUCUUCCGCAUCCCGUCCAAGUCGUCUCAAUUGUCGAUAUGGGCGAGACCGUAGACUCGAGCGUCUUUUCUGUCCUCUUUGCAUGCAGUUCUGGCGCUCUCAACGUGCUGCGAAUCACCAUGCCCAACAGCGCUUACGUCACACCCACCUCCCCUCUUCAGCCCAAGUCGAUGAGAGUCGAGACGUUCGGAACCACUUCUCAGCCCGCUGGUCCGCAAGCUCUUUCUUACCUAGGUGAUGGCCUCGUCUGCGUCGGCAGUGCCACAGGUGAUAGCUGUCUCUACAAGGUCCUCGAACAGAGCGCCGCAGAAAACACUCCACUGCCGCCCAACGAACAGCUCCUCACACCGCCUUCCUCACCCACACAAUCGCGGGGGAGAAGGUGUUCCCAGGGCGCGACUGUGGCUGCGUCUCUUGAGAACACUGAGCUCCCGACCGCCGGCUCACUAGCUAUUGUCGAAAAGUGGCAGAAUCUCGGUCCCGUCGUCGACUUUGUCGUCGACGAUGGCGCAGGCGGCGAUCCUACCUCUUCAUCCGGUGCGCAGGCAAGGAUCAUCACCUGCAGCGGAGCUGGUCCUUCGGGUAGCAUUCGAGAGGCUCGCAGUGGCGCUUCCGUUCAGGAUGUCUCGUCGCUGUCUAUUCCCAAUGCGCAACAAAUGUGGCCCGUCCACGCGGGCAACGCUACGUCGAAGUACUCGGUGGGUCUUCUCAUUGGAUUUGCCACCUCGACGGCUUACCUGCACUUUGAUGCAAAGGGAGACAUCGCCGACGCCACAGACCGACUUGCUGCAACUGGUACAGACUUGGCGCUGCCAACCCUUGCAGCUUCCACCAUCUGGAGCUCUGACCACAACGCGCAACUGCUUCGCAUUACUCGCUCUGAAGCUUCGCUCGUUAGCCUCAAAGAUGACGGCAUUUCCCUUCUGCACCAGUGGGUAACCCCAAAAGGGCUCGAGGUGACCGCUGCUAGUGCUAAUCCAUAUGGUCAGGCGGUCCUUGCGCUGAGCAACAUGACUCUGCUGCGCCUCUCCGUGGAAUCCGGUACACUUGUUCAGAAGAGCGAGGUCCAGCUCGAGCACGAGGUCUCGUGUGUCGACAUCAGCCCUCUGGUAGCAGACAAACCAGCGCAAUUUGUCGCGUGCGGAUUCUGGCAGACCAGGACCAUUCAGAUCUACUCGCUACCCGAGCUGACUGCCGUCGGCCAGUCCUCGGUGGUGCAACAGCGUUUUCCAGCCGUGCCACGAUCUAUCCUGCUGCAUCGGUUCGCAAGCAAGCAGACGGACGAUUACUCUGAUAAGCAUCCCAAUGCCUCGUUGAGCCAUCGCGACGCCCUCACUCCUCACCUGCUAAUUGGUCUUGGCGACGGCACUUUUGUCUCGUACAGCUUGAGCCUGCCUACAGACGACAGUUUCAGCAGCACUGUCGGUCUAUACGAUGUCAAGACCGUCUCGCUGGGCACGCAGGCUCUCAAGCUCGAUGCCCUCGAAACUGCCGCCGGUGCUCGUGUUGUAGCUGUCUCCGGCGGUCGUCCCACACUCGUCUACGCCGACUCGAAGCGCUUCUCGUACAACGCAAUCAAGUACAAGGACCAGCGCAGCGUUGCCACUCUGUACGCCGGCCCGGAACGAGUGUUUGCCGCGUUUGCCCUUUCCGACUCGGUGGAGCUGGCUUCGAUCGGUGCCUUGAAGCAGCGUGACAUCCGCACCUUUCCACUUGGUCUAAAUCAGCCUCUCGCCAUCACCCAAUGGGCCGACCGCCGAGUCAUUGCUGUCUGCACAUGGGCAUUUCUGCCUCGCGGAACUGCCUCCAAGUCCGAGGGUCCACGCGGAGCAGUGCGUAUCCUCGAUCAGACCACGUUCGAGACCUUGGAUGAAUUCCGUCUGGAACCGGACGAGCGGCCCAACUGCAUCACGGUGUUGCGGGCCCAAGGUCACGAGAUACUCGUAAUUGGAUCUGGCUUCGUCUCGGAGCAGGCAAGCGAGACGAUCCAAGGUCGUUUGGUCGGGUUCGACGUUUCCAACGGCUCGUCUCGUACCAAGGAGGAGCGCGGAAGGCUUCGCAAGCUUUUCGAACACAGCGAGACGGGCAACGUUUACAGCGUUCAGUCGAUCAACAAUCGACUUGCCGCCGCCGUCAACUCCGAGGUCAAGAUCUACAGUGUGGUGGAUCCUCGUCGGAGCGAGGUCCCAGCGCCUCGCAUCCGGGUGCGACAGCGUGGAAGCUGGGCCUGCUCUUUCAUCGCUUGCAACCUCUCGGUCAUUGAACCUGAUCGCAUCGUUGUCGGGGACGCACUCCGAUCCAUGAAUGUGCUCCACGUGCAUCCGUACACAGCCCGACUCACUGAGCUUGCCAGGGACUGCGAUCCCUUUUGGACGAGCGCCACGGACCUGCUCGACGACGAGAGCCAGACCUACAUUGGUGCCGACAUCAGCUUCAAUCUGUACACGACGCAGAGGGUUCCACUGAGCGAAGAGGUCAAGGCGCGAAUCCGUCGUGCAAGGGAGCGCGAGUCGGAGCGCGGGGUUCAGGCCCUCGACCCACGAACAAUUCGAGACCCCGACAUGAUCGACCGAUACGCCCACGUGAUGCAGCGUAACGCAGUCUGGCACUACGGCGACAUGAUCAACAAAUUUUGCAGGAGAUCGCUCGUUCCGGAUCCUGGCUCGAAUUCAGCCGUACGACCUCGACUGCUGUUCUGCACCGCUGCAGGCGCGAUCGGUGUCAUCGCCCACGUCCGAGACGAAGAAGCACACCUUCUAGCCAAAGUGGAACGGAACAUUCUGUCGCUCCUCGAAAACUCGUCCACGGCAGCUGCAGCGGGCAUAGUGGGCAACAUUGCUCACUCGGACUGGCGUACGCUCCGAACGGAUCACAGAGUUCAAGCGCCCGCAGGCUUCCUGGACGCCAACGUCUUGCAAAUGUUUGUGGAUGGCAGACUAGAUCGCGACCAGAGGGAUAAAGUGCUAGCUGGACCCCAUUCGGAAGCGGCGGCGCUUGGAGUUGAGAGGGAGGUGGUCGAGCAGCUGAUUGAAUCGCUCAGUCAAGUCUGUUGA